AUGUCCUUCAGUGGGAGGACGCCCGAAUCUCUGCUCCCGCGAUCCGACUCGAGAAACCCUGCGACGACCUGCAGAGGCAUCACCACCACCGGCAGGCCGUGCCGCCGACCUCUUGCUGCUUCCCCACAGAACUCUCCGACGCCCUCGCCCAGUCGCGGUAACAACGGGGUCCUCGCCGUGCUGGACGAGCAGCAUGCCGCGGUGUUCUAUUGCUGGCAGCACAAGGACCAGGCCGAACAGUUGGCGGCGGCAGCUCCGGGAGGACGGACGAGUCUACACCCAUUGAAAGAGAGGUCGAGCAUUGAUACGUUGAUUGAGCAGGUGGGCAUCCUCGACUUGGACGAGAAUGUGCCAAAGCGGCAGCACCAUCGGCGACAUGAUGCAGACAGUGUGAAGCGCCGAGACACGUUGCCAUCGGGCUGGAACCAGAUGGAGAGUCCCUUGAUGACCGUGCCGGACGAAGUGGUACAUCACAAACGACCGAAACGACGUCCUCCUCUACCUCCACCCCGACAGUCGAACGUGAAACUCUCCUGGGCCUGCUGCAUUCAAGCCGACCAUGACGAUGACCUGCCUCCUGUCAGGGUCCGAAGGGAGGAGAAGGACAGGCGUCCUCGACCUCAUACAGACGCGAGGCGACCGUCGUCCGAGAGACCUGAAAUGCGGCAGUCGUAUACCCCCGCCACACGACCAAAACCGAGUCCCGCACCUUCUCAGACGCAGGCCCUCCUCUCGCUCAUCCCAUCGAAUCUCUCGCCGCAAAUCACCUCACAGCUGCUCGCGGAACUGAUCCGGCCCAUCUCGGCCGCGGACGAGGCCGGAUACAUCUACAUCUUCUGGCUCACGCCGGAGUCCGAGGUGUCCAAGCCGGACGACGAGACAGCCUCGUCUCUUCUGGACGAUGACGACCUCGACCUGGACGACAGUGGUGGCAUGCACAGCCGCAGCUCGCAGAGGACGAAUCAGGCCCUGGCGCGCUACGCCUCCGUCCGCCGUCCGCCGAACCAAGUCCAGCCGAAACGCACCAUCACGCUUAAGAUCGGCCGGGCGGCCAACGUGCACCGGCGCAUGACUCAAUGGACCAAGCAGUGCGGGCAGAACAUCACGCUGAUUCGGUAUUAUCCGCACAACACCCGUGACUCCGGCAGCAACAACACCAUCCACACUCCUCGUCGACCUGGGGCUACUGCUGGCGUAUCACGGAGCAGCGCACUUCUUCCUCCUCCUCUCCCUCCAUCUCUACCGAGUCCCGCGAACAACAACAAAGUCUCGCACGUGCACAAGGUCGAACGGCUCAUCCACCUGGAGCUCGCGGAGAAGAGGGCCGUCAAGACCGAGUGCGAGCAGUGCGGGCGCGAGCACAAGGAGUGGUUCGAGAUCGAGGCCACGCGGGGAGGUCUGAGGGGCGUGGACGAGGUUGUGAGACGGUGGGUGGCGUGGGCGGAGAGGCAAUAA